CUUCCCCGGGUCGACACGGGCGCCUGGUGCGGGACCCGUACUGCGGCGUCAGCCCAUCAUGUGACCUAUCGGGCUCUGGGGACCUGCCGCCUCCUCUCCAGCCAGCUUGAAUCCCAUGCCACACAAAGAGGAGCAGCCGCUGACCUCUGUGUCCCGUGUCAUGUCAGGUCACAGCGGGGUCAACCAGCUGGGAGGGGUGUACGUCAACGGCCGCCCCCUGCCCGACUCGACCCGACAGAAGAUCGUCGAGCUGGCGCACUCGGGCGCGCGGCCGUGUGACAUCUCGCGCAUCCUGCAGGUCUCCAAUGGCUGCGUCUCCAAGAUCUUGGGCAGGUACUACGAGACGGGCUCCAUCAAGCCGCGCGCCAUCGGCGGCUCCAAGCCCCGCGUGGCGACGCCGCUGGUGGUGAACAAGGUGGCCGACUACAAGCGCGAGUGCCCGAGCAUCUUCGCGUGGGAGAUCCGGGACCGGCUGCUGUCCGAAGGCGUGUGCUCCAACGACACCAUUCCCAGCGUGAGUACCGUCGCGGCUCCCGGCCCGUCGUAUGGCUCCUGA